AAACUCUUUAUGUGGCCAAGAAAGGCUUGAAACAUGACACUCAAAUCUCAUCCCUUGUUAUUCCUAUGCGGUGGUCACGCUUAAUCAACUCAUUCUCUCUCCUCCGCAAACACACCACCACCAACGCUACACCAACACCAUCCUCAACUUUCUCUCUCCUCAGAAAUCACACCAUGUCCACACCCGAACCCAUCGGCCCAUCAACCACCAAAGUGGGUUGGAUCGGUACCGGCGUAAUGGGUCGAUCCAUGUGCGCUCACAUUCUCAAAGCCGGCUACAAACUUACCGUCUUCAACCGCACUAUCUCAAAAGCCCAACCUUUACUCGAUCAAGGGGCCCACUUAGCUACCUCCCCCGCCGAAGUCGCCGCCCAAUCCGACGUCGUUUUCACCAUCGUAGGUUUCCCAUCCGACGUCAAAUCAGUUACCGACGGUGUACUUUCUCUCCUCCGACCAGGUGGAAUCCUCAUUGAUAUGACCACUUCCGAUCCCACCCUCGCCGUCGAAAUCUCCACCGCAGCCGCCGCUAAAUCUUGCGCCUCAAUAGACGCACCCGUCUCCGGCGGCGACCGUGGAGCUCGCACAGCCACCCUCUCCAUCUUCGCCGGUGGAGAUCCCGCCGUGGUGAACUCCCUCUCUCCGCUCCUCUCCCUGAUGGGGACCACCUACUACAUGGGCGGUCCCGGAAAAGGGCAAUCGGCGAAACUAGCAAAUCAAAUAACGAUCGCUUCGACAAUGGUGGGUUUAGUUGAGGGUAUGAUUUACGCACACAAGGCGAAGUUAGAGCUACCAUUGUUCUUGGAUGCGAUAUCGAAAGGGGCGGCAGGGUCGAAGAGCUUGGAAUUAUAUGGCGGGAGGAUAUUGAAGAGGGAUUUUGAAGCUGGGUUUUAUGUAGAUCAUUUUGUUAAGGAUUUAGGGAUUUGUUUGAAAGAGUGUGAGAAAAUGGGGAUUUGUUUACCUGGGUUAGGGUUAGCUCAUCAGUUGUAUCUUUCACUUAAGGCUCAUGGGGAAGGGGGUUUGGGUACUCAAGCUCUUGUUUUGGCUCUUGAGAGGCUUAAUAAUGUGUCUUUGGACUCCGGUUCGGGUUGAUAAUUGAUUUCUUAGCAUUUUUUCUUGUGAAUUUGUAAUGAGGUUUAGAUGUAAAUUACAUUCCGCUUUAAAAAUUAAAAGUGGUAAAUAAUGGUUUUUUUUUUGUAUAAUGGAUGACUUGAUGACUUUGCGUUGUGCAAUGCAAUCACAUUUGGGUUUGGGUUUGUCUUUCAA